UUCCCGGGACGCCCAGGACCAGCCCGGGACCCCCGAGACCUUCCCGGGACCCCCCCCCCCCCCCCCGGGACCCUCAGGCGCUUCCCGCCUUUCCCAGCGCUGCCUUUUGAUUGGCCCGCGCAGGUGCCAAUCAUCCCCUGGGUUCCGUCAGGGCUCCAAUCACCAGCUCCGGGGUGGGGAAGGCAGGCGCUGAUUGGCCGGCGGGGUACCCGCCCAGCAGGCUCCCCUGAGGCGGGUGUUGUGAGGGGCGGCCGAAGCCUCCCGGUCCCCCGCGAUCGCGUCCCCAACCCGACCCCGGGACCCCUGCCUGGGCCGGCUUUAGUGCCCCCCAACUCACCCCAGGGACCCGGCACGACUCCGGGACUCUGGCCCGCGCCGGGCUUAGUGCCCCCAACGCACCCCCGGGACCCCCGCCUGGGCCGGGCCUUGCGCCUUCAGCCCACCCCCGGACCCCGGCCUGGAGCAGGGUCUGUACCAGCCCCAUCCCAGCGGCCCCAACCCGGGGGUCCUUCCCCGUCAGCCCCCCAGGGCCAGGAUGUCGCAGGAGGAGCCCGAGGGUCCCGAGCCGGAGGCAGCGGCGGCGGCCGGCGGUCCCUCCCCGGCGGGACUGGGUGGGGAUGAGCCCCCCUGCAAGGAGCCGGACAGGCCGUGCGCGGAGCCGGCGCUGGCCCCCGCCUCGUCCCGGUACUUCGCCUCGCUGGACGCCACCGUGGAGGGGCUGCAGCAGCAGGUGCGGGACCUCAUCGGCCGCAUCAACGAGGGCCGCGAGGAAGACCACAGGGUGCUGAGGGGCUUCAGGGAGAGCCUCAUGCAGAAGGUCUCGGAGCUGGCGGAGCAGCUGGAGGAGCGGCUCUUCCGCCUCUACGGCUUCCACAACGAGCUGAUCCAGGAGCGGCUGCAGGCGGUGGCCGAGGUGAUGGAGCGCGUGGAGGAGGUGCAGGCGGAGCUGCGCCACGUCUGCUGCACCGUGGAGGCGGCUUACCGUGACCUCCUCCUGCAGCCCGAGGCCUGAGCGGGACCCCCUCCUCAGCCCAAAGACCCCCCCAAACCCGGGCUGUGCCGGGCUAAAUGGGGAUUUUGGCCCCAAAGGGCAUUUCUGUUGCUGUUGUUAUUGGUGGUUGGAACAAAUAAAGGGCUGAAGUUGA